GUCUCGGUCACGCCAAGGACGCAGACGCCAUGAUCGACAUGUACGCCGCCGUCGACGCCGCAGCCAUUCAGCCUGCCGAGAGCGCUCUUCUGACCGCCCUCCCCUGCCGCGACGCCCACACCGAGGACACCAACGCACCAGGCUCUCUUGUUCCCGUUCACCCAGCCGGCGCAGUGUUGUCCUCCUUCCAGCACGCAGCCCCCUCCGCCCGACCCGCAGCCCGGCUUCAAGACCGCCUGCUCGCCCUCCUACCCCUCCGCCCGCGCCGCCCAGGCACCGCGCCACCCAGCCCAAAGCCGUGCCCAAGCCCGACCCCCAGCCUACAAGUGUUCGACGAGGUCGAGGAGUUGGCACUUUACAUCGUGGACGUGGUCGUGGUGCCCAACAUGACCCUCAUUGGGAGCCGCAGUCCAGUGGAUGGUGGGGAAUGGCCAGAAAAGGUUCCUCUGAUCCCUUAUGCGCCCGAAGACAGCGACCGCACGGUUCGAGCCCUUUGUGAUCUGGACGAUGGUCUUGCUGAUGGGCUACUCCAGAUGGUGGCCAGGAUUUUGCACUCCAGCGGCGCUAUCGACCAUGCCGAACUGCACAAGAUCGAGAUCAUCGAUGUCGCAGAAGGAGCGUACAAGGCUUUGUUGAUACCGCUCGACUACAACUCACCCUUGCCCUUCGGCCACACCCCAGGAGCCCAGGCCCUGGGGAACACAUAUGACUACGUCUGGAACCACGGUACCGAUGAGGCAUCGUGCUCCCUGAUCCUCCGUGAAGAACUAGUGCGUCCAACAGACGCUGGACAAGAAGGCCUCCAUUCCGUGGCCUUUUAUUGUCAAGCAACUCAAGGGAGUUUCAACAGGCACACGGUCGCGAAUGUGAUCGACAAAGAGCUUCGCAUCAGCAAGGGCACCCAUGGAUGCCACAUCCUCGGCAGCUUUUCCUCCAAAAAGCAACAUUACAAGGUGUCCUGGGGACAGGUGCCCGAGGAACAGCGCAUUUGCGCCCAACGUGGCAGCGUUCGGACACCAGAUCACUGGGCCUUUUGCAGUGUUCAUGCUCAUAUCCGAGCUUUGGCUUUCCCCCUCCCUGCGUGA